AUGGUGGAAACACGACACGGGUCCCACAUGAACGAUGGACAAAAUGGCGGAUCACAACCAGAUGGGCAAGGAGGACAGCCCGACUUAAUUCAACUGAUGCAAGCAUUUGUUGCUGCUGCUGCUGCUAACCCUCAACAGCCACAACAACAACAACAUGGACCUCUAACCAGGAGUAGAUAUCAACUUUUGGAUGCAUUCUGCAAACAUCGCCCUCCGAUCUUUUAUGGGGAAGCAAACCCUAGUGCUGCAGAAGCAUGGAUCAAACAAAUCUCCAAGUACCUGGAAGUACUUAAUGUGACCAAUGCGGGUGAUCGCAUUGCCUUAGCAACAUUUCAGAUGCAAGGGGAAGCAGAUCAUUGGUGGGAUUUGAUUAAAACCACUCAUAAUCUGACAACUAUGACCUGGCGGAUGUUUGAAAACCUUUUCCUUGAAAAAUACUUCCAAGCCAUGGCCCAGGAAUUUAUGGACUUGAAGCAGCGUACUCUGACAGUAACCCAGUAUGCUGCCCGUUUUGAAGAACUCACGCGUCAUGCAACUACUAUAGUACCCACCGAUGAUGCAAAGGCAAGGAAGUUCGAAUGGGGUCUGUCCCACUGUAUUCGUACUAGUGUGGUUUCUCAUGAGUAUCACACCUAUGCAGAGGUGGUGAGAUGUGCACUUAUGAUGGAACGCGAGAAAUCUAAUUCAAAGUCAACCUGGGAGGCGCAAAAGAAAAAUGGCCCGUCGGUUGGAGGACCAAUGCGAACAAAUCACAACAAGACUAUUGUCGCUCAAACAACCUAUUACCAGAACAACCCUCGCCCUCUACAGAACAACUGCCCAAAACUUAUUGGAUCUGGGAAUUUUGGGCAAGGGGGACAGCAGCAAUUUCAGGCUCGACCGUCAGGGUUUAGGAACCAGAAUCCGGUUAAUCCGAACCAACAGAAGAUCGGAUGGAAUCGGCAACAAUUCUGUCCUUUUCAGAACAAUGCAGGCGGACAGAAUAAGCCAACAGAAGGUAGAGUCUUUGCUCUGCAAGGCACCGAGCAAGAUACUGAGGAGGUGUAUAACCCAUCAGUGAUACAAGGUACUCUUAUACUAUAUAACACUUGUAUUCAAGCAUUAUUCGAUUCAGGAGCUUCGCACUCUUUCAUAUCUGCUGCAUGUGUUUCUACUCUUGGACUAGAAACAGAACUUCUAGGGACGACGAUGCAUGUAACCUCACCAUUAGGCAGUAAAAUUUCUAUGGGGUUAAUCUGUAAGGGGUGCGAAUUAGAAGUAUCUAACUUGAGAUUAACUUUCAACCUACGAGUAAUCGACAUGACAGACUUUGAUGUCAUACUUGGAAUGGAUUGGUUAUCCGCGCAUCGCACUGUCAUAGAUUGCCAUCGGAAGAUGGUGACAACGUAUUCACCAGAUGGUACGUGCUUCAAAUUUAAGGGGGAUAGACAAGACCCCUGCGCUAUAACCACACACCGAUCAAGGUGGCAUGAUAAGCUUUCUGGCUGGCUAGCAAGCCUCAAGCUAAAGGAGAUAGAUCGUAUGGAACUCGGUCUUCCUCAUAUUGUGUGUGAGUAUGAGGACGUGUUUCCUGAUGAGUUACCUGGACUGCCGCCACAUCGGGACUUGGAUUUCAUGAUCGAGUUACAACCAGGCAUGGCACCAAUAUCCAUGGCACCAUACAGAAUGGCACCAGCGGAACUACGAGAGUUGAAGACUCAGCUACAAGAAUUAAUGGACAAAGGUUUUAUCCGACCCAGUACAUCACCGUGGGGCCCCAGCUUUAUUCGUCAAAACGAAAGAAGGAACACUCAGACUCUGCAUUGA